AUGGCGCCGAAGAAAAAGGAGCAGCCAGUGGAGGAGGAGGUCGUGGUGCAGGAAUCAGAGGAUGAGCCAGAAGAGCCCGAGAUUCUAACAAAGUGUCUCCGGGCUCCUGGGCAGCUGUUCUAUGGUGAGGUCAAGGCAGGCUACAAACAGCGCAAGGGACAAUGGAUCAGGCACGGAAAAGGGCAGCAGAUCACGACGGCGGUGACGCCGCUAGGGCUGGGGCCCAACCAGCGCCCUGCCUUCGAGACCUUGAUUCUGAGCAUCUACGAAGGUGCCUGGGAAGAAGACAUGCCCUGUGGUGAAGGCAGCUAUCGGUGGAGCGACGGCAGCUCCUACGAAGGCAACUUCGAGCAAGGGAAGAUGCACGGCCAAGGCCGAUUUGUAUGGGCCGACGGCAGUUCCUACGAGGGCAGUUGGUUCCAAGGAGCCUUUCAUGGCGAGGGCACCUUCGACUCCCGCUGGGAUGGUGGCCGCCUGAUGCAAGGCGAGUUUCACUACAACUGCUUCCAGAAGUCUGAUGGUCGUUGGGUGGAUAUCUUGCAGCACAUCAAGGGCCAUGAGUUGCGAGAGAUCCUUCACGGAAACCCGCUACGCACAGAGGUAGAAGCUGCAGCCGCUGCAACUGCCUCUGCCUCGCGGCGCAAAGGCUCUGCUACCAGUGGCAGCGGCUUUGCCAACGUGCUGCGAGCCGCCCCGGGGCCCCAUGGCUCCGGCAACUGUGCCCUUGGCAGCCGCCUGCGGGAGGCGCUGGGCAACAACCUUGUGCCUUUGGUGCUGGCAGAAAGCUCGGCAGCGUCGGCGCUGGGGAGCUUCCUGGAAUCAGGCGCGGUUGACGACCCCACAAUGCAGUGUGUCAGCCUGCGGCUUUGCGCUCUAGAGCACAAGCGCCAGCGUGACUUCAAGCGGUUCUUCCGCGAUGCGCUGAAGUCUGCCAUCCUGUCAGGAAGUUUCUUUACGCUCGUCUUCGAGGAUGACGAAGGAGCUGCUGGCAGUGCCGAGGAUGCCUGGCUUCAGCGCCCGUUGUCCAUGGAGAGCCUGGAGGUCGUCCCUGAGGAGUGGGCGCUCUCAUCAUUUUUUAACAAUUCUUCACUGCCGCCGGUCUUCCUCCCGCUGACGUUCAACGCGCGUGGCAAGGAAGGUGCUGCGGAAAAAGAUAUUGCCGUCAUGAAACAGAUGAACAAGACGAAUGCGCAGAUUGAAGCGCUGCAACAGAUCUUUGGAGAGAUCGACCGGGACCGCUCCACUAAGGUCAGCAUCGAGGAGCUCAAGGAUGCGGUGGACACAGAGAAGCUGUCAAGAGAAAACCUGGCAGCUUUUGGUGAAGUAGGCUCCCUGCCGCCGGAGAUCUUCCUCCCGCUGACAUUCAACGCACGCGGCAAGGCGCACUUGUUGCUGCCAGAAGCAGAUGCGGGCGCAGAGAAUGCAGAUACCCCCCUCCAGACAGAGGAGGGUCAAGAAGAGGCGCCGCCAGAAGCGGACGCGGGUGCGGAGACUGUGGACCCCCCCCAAGCUGAGGAGGGCAAAGAAGAGGCGAGCCCAAAGCCCGCCGUGUCCAAGGAACUCCUGCAACGCGCAGCUGCCGAGCUGCCACAAAUGACACAAUUGGGCCCCAGCGGUCACAUUUGGGAGCUGACCGAAGAAGAGGCGGAUCUGCGUGACAAGAACGACACCAAGACCAUGCUCGGCCUGCCGCUGCAGUACCAAGUGCUUCCUGCCGUCGUGGCCACCGGUCGAGUGCCAGAUGGCCUGGAAGACACCGAGGUGCGGAGAUGGGUCAAGCAGAGGUUCGGAAAGCACGCUCCUGUGCACCGUAUGGCGAUCAUUCUGCUCACAGGGAAGCCUCCUGGUAUGGAUGAGAAUCGCGGAGACAGCGAUGCCUGA